ACAGCAUUCAAUGCAGACAUGUUUGUAUUAACUGCCAUUAGUAAAUGUAGGAAUUGAUUGGUCUCAAAGGAUUCACCUUUUUCCUUUAUAAAAAUUUUUAUUGAAAAAAGAAAAAACCCCAUUUUCUUCCCAUUCUUCUUCAUUGUGUUUUCUCCUGUGAUGUCUUCAAAUCUGGGUUUUGUAUCUUUGGGGGGGUUAAGUUGAAUUUGAAUUGAAAGUUAAGGGUUCUUAUUCUAAAGAUUAAUUCUUUGAUGAAAGCUAAAGCUUUUUUUUUUUUAUUUGUUUAAUUCUUAUCUUUGCUUUUUAUUCCUUUUGAUCUUAUUAAAGCUCUGAGUGUUCAACAAUCUUUGUUUUUUUGAAUGUUUUUAGGCAAUAAAGUAAAGGGCUUUAAAAAAAAAAGUUAAAGCUUGAAUCUUGAAAACCAAAAAACAUAAACCCCAUUUGAAUGUUUGGUUCUUUGAAUUAAACUGCCCAAGAAAAGUUUGGUUCUUGUGAAAAAAAAGAAGCAACCAUUCAUGCAUUUUUCACUAUGGAAACCAAUAUCUCAUUGUGCAGCUUUAAUAGCAGAGAAGAAGAAGAAGAAGAAGACCAAAAGAAGAAACAAUGGUGGUGGUUCUAGUUUAUCAGUCCUUCGUCAAUUACAAGAAAAUAAGCUUAAAGAAGCACUUGAAGAAGCAUCUGAAGAUGGGUCACUUUCAAAAUCACAAAACAUUGAUUCAUCAUCAUUAAAUCAAGAUGGUUCCAAUGGACGGUCAAGAUCAUUAGCUAGACUUCGUGCUCAAAAUGAGUUCUUGAAUGCUACUUCUCUUGUUGCAGACCGUAUUUUUUGUUCACAAGAUUCAAUUCCAAGCUUCAAUGAUGCUUUUUCAAAGUUCAUUACAGUGUACCCUAAGUUUCAGGGUACUGAAAAAGUUGAUCAUUUGAGAAUGGAAGAAUAUGGUCACUUGUCUGAAUCUUCAGUUAAGGUAUGUCUUGAUUAUUGUGGUUUUGGUUUGUUUUCUUAUAACCAAACACAACUGAAUUGGGAUUCAACUAUGUUUAAUUUGUCUGAAGUGACUGCAAAUUUGAGUAAUCAUGCUUUAUAUGGUGGUGCUGAGAUUGGUACUAUGGAACAUGAUAUAAAGACUAGGAUUUUGGAGCAUUUGAACAUACCUUGUAAUGAAUAUGGUCUUGUUUUUACUGUUAGUAGAGGGUCUGCUUUUAAAUUGUUGGCUGAAGUUUAUCCUUUUCAGACAAAUAAGAAACUUUUGACCAUGUUUGAUCAUGAAAGUCAAUCUGUAAUUUGGAUGGCUCAAUGUGCUAAAGAGAAAGGUGCUAAGGUUUACAAUGCUUGGUUUAAAUGGCCUUCAUUGAAGCUAUGUUCUAGGGAGUUAAGGAAGCAAAUUUCAAAUAAGAAAAAGAGGAAGAAAGGGCAUGCUAAUGGUCUUUUCGUGUUUCCAGUUCAAUCUAGAGUGACGGGUGCGAAGUAUUCGUAUCAAUGGAUGGCACUUGCUCAACAAAACCAUUGGCAUACGUUGCUUGAUGCCGGUUCCUUAGGUCCUAAAGAUAUGGAUUCGCUUGGUUUGUCGUUGUUUCGGCCAGACUUUAUUAUCACUUCGUUUUAUAGGUUAUUUGGUUAUGAUCCGACGGGUUUCGGUUGUCUUUUGAUUAAGAAAUCUGUGAUGGCAAGCUUGCAGAUACCGUAUGGACAUACCGGGUCUGGUAUGGUGAAGAUAUUACCGGUUUAUCCACAGUAUUUGAGUGAUUCUAUUGACGGACUUGAUGUUUUAGUUGGACUUGAUGAUGAAGGAGGUAAACAUGAGGAAGAAGGGUUGCCGGAGAGGAAUGGUGGGUCUCAAAUGCCGGCUUUUUCAGGCGUUUUUACUUCGAAUCAAGUUAGGGAUGUGUUUGAAACUGAGAUGGAUCAUGAUAAUAGCUCGGAUAGAGACGGAGCAAGUACUAUUUUCGAGGAAGCUGAGAAUCUUUCGGUUGGUGAUCUUAUGAAAAGUCCGAUUUUUAGUGAAGAUGAAUCGUUGGACAAUUCGUAUUGGAUUGAUUUGGGGCAGAGUCCGUUAGGGUCUGAUAAUUCUGAUCAACUAACCAGAUUGAAAACAGAUUCGACCCUACUACCGUCGUGGAUUUCCGGGAAGAGAAACAAUAAGAGAUUGUCUCCGAUAAUGACUUCGAAAUUGUCUACGAGUCCGGUUUGUGAUGACAGGAAAAUAAACAUGAGAUCGCGGGGUGAUACAGUGUUAUCUUUUGAUGCAGCUGUAUUGUCCGUGUCACAUGAGCCAGACCAAAUUACGGAGAUCCCUGAAGAACAGCCUGCUGAAAUGGACCCUGCUUCAGGAGAUGAUGGGAAGCCUAAAGAUUCUCAGUACGGGGAGAUUGAAGAAGAAUCUGGCAUCAGCAUUGAGUCGGAGCUAGUUAAUUCUACCUUGAGUUCUAAGGUAAAUGGAUUCAAACCGAAGAAUGGUAUGUUCGAGAAGGAAAGUGCUAUUAGGAGAGAGACUGAGGGUGAGUUUAGACUGUUGGGUGGGAGAGAAGGGAGCAGGUUCGCCAAUGGUAGACUUUUCGGUUUUGAUGAUGACGACCAAGUGGCAAGCUUGGGUCGCAAGGUAUCUUUUAGCAUGGAAGACAGCAGGAUUGAAAUUCCUAGCCGGUUGGAGCCUGGUGAAGUUUCGUUGACUACCUUGCCUGACGAUGAAUCCGGUACCGAUGAAGACUACGAUUACGAUGACCAAGAGUGCAGUAGAAAGGAACCUGAGAUCAUUUGCCGGCACCUCGACCACGUCAACAUGUUGGGUCUAAACAAAACGACUCUUAGACUACGUUACCUGAUCAACUGGCUUGUUACGUCUUUACUUCAACUUCGGUUACCUAGUUCAGAUGAAAGCAAGGGAGUCCAUCUCGUGCAAAUAUAUGGCCCAAAGAUCAAAUAUGAAAGAGGUGCAGCCGUAGCCUUCAACGUGCGUGACAGCAACGGAGGACGACUAAUUGACCCGGAAAUCGUUCAGCAGCUAGCUGAGAAGAGCGGUAUUUCUCUUGGCAUCGGUAUACUCAGUCAUGUACGAGUUGUGGACAACGUGAAGCAACAAUGCAAGGAAAUUGAGCUCGAAGAUUCAGCCCUUUGUCAACCAAUGGCUAAUAAUUGCCGAGACGGAAAAAGCUUAUUCUUUCGAGUUAAAGUAAUUACAGCAUCACUCGGUUUCCUAACCAACUUUGAAGAUGUUUACAAGACAUGGGCUUUUGUGGCUAAGUUUCUUAAUCCAUCAUUCAUCGAAGAAAACGAUUUAUCCGCAAUAUCUGAAGGUUCAGGAACAUGAGUCCAAGAGGAUUUGCUCUCGUAAAACCGAGGUGUGUCUUUUGUUUUUCGCCUUUUUCGGGUGUUUUUAAUCAUGGGUUUUUUUAGUGUAAUGUAGAGUUUGGUUUACAAUUGGCAUGUUAGCUGAAGAGUCAAGUAAUUUGUAAUGCAAAAUAGAAUUGAGAAAAAAAAAGAGGGAUUUUCAAGACACAAAAAUAUAGUUUGAUGAUGAACUUGAAAUUCAUGCAUAUCUAUGAUCUUAUUUUUUCA